AUGCGGCCACUGUGUAUUGCCCUUCGACGUCCUGGCAACGGCAUCCCACUCCAACCCAACAAGUUCUAUCGAUAUUAUACGAGAGGGCCGUCUUCGACGCCGCCUACCCAUGGAAACACGACGAGAUACGCUGCACUUGUCGGUGUAGCUAGCGCAGCAGCAGGCUUCUGGUGGAUGACGACAACACGCCGCGAUCAGGUCCCGCAGCUCGACAACCCCCUCGCUACGCACCUAGCCAUUCAGCCGGGUCCGUCGGAGGCCAGCGUCUCACGGAUGCUGUCCCAAGGCGCAUACUCAUUUCCAGUCAAAGGCGUUCCCGGCGUCAACAGAUACGACGGCGCUCAGGUGGCCUCCAAUAGCCCUUGCGAAGACCGCUUCACCCAUGGCAAAUUUCCCUCACCGCGGGGCGACGGCAGCCAGUGGAUGGCAUGGGCUGUCUUUGAUGGCCACGCCGGAUGGCAGACAGCGGACUUGCUGGAGAAGCAGCUCCUGCCCUUUGUGCGAUACAACUUAAACCAAUCCAAGGCAGCCAUGGACGACGAGUCCGCAGCCGUAGAGGCGGUGCAGCGCGCGGUCACACAAGGGUUCCUGAGCCUCGACAACUCCAUUAUGAAGACCGCCUUGGACAUCUCUCAAAGCGCCGAGCCGCUACAAGAUAAGGUGAGGAGGUUAACGCCGGGCCAUGCAGGCUCCUGUGCUCUUCUAUCCAUCUACGAUCCGGUGUUGAGUGUGCUGCACGUGGCGUGUACCGGAGAUUCAAGGGCCGUAUUGGGACAAAAACGGCCAGACGGAACGUGGGAAGCGAUAGCCUUGUCAGUGGAUCAGACGGGAACGAACCCCGAGGAGGUUGCCAGGCUCAGCAGGGAGCACCCAGGGGAGAAAAACAUCGUCAAGGACGGACGGGUCCUGGGUAUCAUGGUCUCCCGAGCGUUUGGCGAUGGCCGGUGGAAGUGGCCGCUGGAACUGCAAGAAGACCUAAAGCGAAGAUUUUACGGCCCACCACCAUUGACGCCAAAGUACGACAUACGUACGCCGCCAUACUUGACUGCCGAGCCGGUCAUGACGGCGACAAAGAUCGAGCCCGGCAAACCGGCCUUCUUGAUCACGGCAACGGAUGGGCUGUGGGACAACCUUUCCAACCAGCAGGCCGUCGAGUUAGUCGGGAAAUGGCUCGAGUUGAAGGAGUCGGACAAGGGAGGCACGAAUCCGGUCUCGACUCGUGCACAGUUUGACUUUAGCCAGUUUCGAACUGUGGUUAGUCGGACUUUUGUCGAGGAGAGAACGACUAUACAGGACAACAAUGCCGCGGUGCAUCUGGUGCGUAACUCUCUGGGUGGAAACCACCACGAGCUGGUAGCGGCGCGUCUAGCCUUUGACUCUCCAUUCUCCCGGAGAGUCCGGGAUGAUAUCACAGUGCAGAUCGUGUUCUUCGCAAACAACCAAGACGCUGCCUAG